CUCCCCGCCCCCUCUUAUGUCGCUGCUGCCUCAGAGCGCGCCAGGAGCCAGGAGACUACAGGGGACCGGAGACGUUGGGCACCAUUGAAUAAAAGUUCAGCAAGUCUUCAAUAAAAAUGGCUACCAAUAAAUCAACAUUGCAUAAAAUGGGAAAGAAACAGAAUGGCAAAGGUAAAAAAGUUGAAGAAGCAGAACCUGAAGAAUUUGUUGUGGAAAAAGUCUUGGACCGACGUGUAGUUAACGGCAAAGUGGAAUACUUCUUAAAAUGGAAGGGAUUUACUGAUGCUGAUAACACAUGGGAGCCUGAAGAAAAUUUGGAUUGUCCAGAGUUAAUAGAAGCUUUUCUGAAUUCUCAGAAAGCUGGUAAAGAAAAAACAGAAGGUACCAAAAGGAAAUCCCUUUCAGAUAGUGAAUCUGAGGACAGCAAAUCAAAGAAAAAGAGGGAUUCUGUUGAUAAACCCAGGGGAUUUGCACGAGGUCUUGAUCCUGAGCGAAUAAUUGGAGCCACAGAUAGCAGUGGAGAACUUAUGUUCCUUAUGAAAUGGAAAGACUCAGAUGAAGCUGACCUGGUAUUAGCUAAGGAAGCUAAUGUGAAAUGUCCUCAGAUUGUAAUUGCUUUUUAUGAAGAACGAUUAACUUGGCAUUCUUGCCCAGAGGAUGAAGCACAAUAAUUGUUUGGAUUUUAUUUUUUCCUUCCCCCUUUUUCUUAAUAUAUGUAUGAUAUUUGACUUAAUACAUGUGGAAAACUUAAAUCCUAUUGAGAUAAGUUUGGUUACUUUAAUAUGUUUUGCAUAAGGAAGAAAGCAAAAGUGCUAUUCACUUUGUCUAUUACAAGAAAACAUUUGAUACUGCCUUCUGCAUAUUACAUCAAAUGUUUUAUAAAAUUUGGUAGUUAAUAGUGAUCCUUAAUGGCAACUUAUUCAGAUUUACAAGUGUUUUGUAGCUCUAUACAAAAAAAUGUGCAUGCAUUUUUCCCGUCAUAUAGUCUGUAAAACCAUUUUAUUUAGUAUUUGUGGCAAAUUGGUUCAAAGGGGACCAAGUGAAAAUUUUGUUUUUGAUUUGAAAGUGCAUAUUGUAUUUUAUUGUAUAUACUGCUGAACAGCUAUCAAUAAAAUAGUUUCAUAUUCUUGUGCUUUCUUUACCAAACUACAGGAAGUUAAGAGGUUUUGAAAGCUAUUUUGGUUUGGAAAAUACCCAGUAAAGGAUAGAGACAGUUUUGCUUUUUUGCAAAACAAAAAACACCAUUUUUAUAGGCAGUUAACAUGAAAUUUAUAGUUUUCUCCCAUAGAUGUUUAUAAGUUGUUUACCAGAAUUAGCAAAAUAAUAAAAUGAACAUAAAACACUUACAUGGUGCAUUGACUAAUUAAUUUUUUUAUGACUAGUAUGCAGACUUGGUUAUCACAUUUAUAGUACCCAAAAUAUGUGGUUGAGUAAUCAAAUCCUGAAUUAAUCCCUUAAACUGUAUAUCAGAUGCUUUAUAACAGUGGUGUCAAAACUUGCAGGCUGGAUGCGUCACACGGUGGUCAUGCCAAUCCCCGGUUUAGCAAAGGAGGGGGGAAGUUGCCACUUCAUGUGAUGACGUGUCAUCGUGUUUUGACACCUCUGCUUUACAAGUUAAUAAUUUAUUGAUAUCUUAAUCUUGACUUCUUUAGGAGCCAUUAGCCCUAAUCCCAAUAUACAUUCCAAAUAAAAUUACUGAUUGCCUGAUAAAUUUAUGUAAAUAGCAAACUUGAGGCAUGGAACUGCAAAAAAGAGGACUCUCACAUGGUCAAUUGUUAAAUUUACAAUUUGAUCCUCCAAAUAGGGUUACUAAACGUGUGAUUAAUUUUUAAAUACAGCUGCAUGCAAAUAGCAUUUAUUUGAUUAUAUUCUGUUUGGGUGAGCAGUAAAGAAUCUUGUCAUGUAAGAUGUAAUUGUCAGAUUAUUUGGUUUCUAAUAUAGUUCAGUGAUUCCAUGCACAUGCUGGAUUAAUAGAAUGGAUUAUUGUUCACCAUAAUAAGUUUUGAUUUAAAAUCAACGGAAUAAUUACAAUUCAUCUCAUUUCUGAGAAUUACUGUAAAAUAUGAUACCACAGUGAAAAAGACAGGAGCUCUAAACAUGAAGUCAGUUGAUUGCCUUUCAAUAAACCUAUUUCCUGAUACCUGUUGAGGUUCCCUUCAAUUUUUUUCGUGUUUUGCUGAUUUCUAUUUUGUUUAGUAUUUGUGUUUCUGCUUAUAUUUUUGUCAAAAGUUUAUUAAAUUUUUAUUUAUA